CCGCCGUCGCCGUCGCGCCGCCGCUUCCUGCGUUCGCGGACCCGGAUGCGUCGAGCGGCCGCGGCGCGCUCCAGCCUUCUGCGGUCCAGACGCGGCGCGGCGCGGCCCCGAGGCCCAGGGGUCCUGCCCUCCCAUCACCCUGACCACCUGGCACCUGCUGCUCUGUCGAUAUCCUGGUUUGCCCCAUGGAAACAGGAACUGUGCUUUGUUCAGGCACGUCCUCAGUGUGUCAGACUCUCUGACGUAGUGAGUCCUCAGUGAGUGUGUGUUGGGGGACGUUACAUUGGAUGAUAGAGAGAGGUGAUGAUGCACCAUGGCAGCGGUCCUCAGAAUGUCCAGCAUCAGCUACAGAGGUCCAGGUCCUUUACUGGCAGUGAGGAGGAGCAGUCGGCCCACCCAAACCUGCCACCAUCCCCUGCAGCACCCUUUGCUCCGUCGGCCAGCCCGUCUGCCCCCCAGUCCCCUGGCUACCAGAUACAGCAGCUGAUGAGCAGGAGUCCCGCGGCUGGGCAGAAUGUGAACAUCGCUCUGCAGAGCGUGGGCCCUGUUGUGGGAGGAAACCAGCAGAUCACACUCGCCCCUCUGCCGCUACCCAAUCCCACCUCUCCAGGGUUCCAGUUCAGCACACAGCAGAGGCGAUUCGAGCAUGGUUCUCCAUCGUACAUUCAGGUCGCGUCCCCCCUGUCCCAGCAGGUACAGACACAGAGCCCGACACAGCCCAGUGCCGGGCCUGGGCAGACCCUGCAGAGUGUGCGUGCGGGCGCCCCGGGCCCUGGGCUGGGCAUGUGCAGCAGCAGCCCCACAGGAGGCUUCGUGGACGCCAGCGUGCUCGUGAGGCAGAUCAGCUUGAGCCCAUCCAGUGGAGGGCACUUUGUGUUUCAGGAGGCUCCAGGCCUCACCCAGAUGGCCCAGGGGGCCCAGGUUCAGCUGCAACAUGCGGGAGCACCCAUUGCAGCUCGAGAGCGGAGACUGUCCCAGCCUCAUGCACAGUCAGGAGGCACCAUCCAUCAUCUGGGACCCCAGAGCCCUGCAGCUGCUGGAGGGGCCAGCCUGCAACCUCUGGCCAGCCCAGGCCACAUCACCACGGCUAGCCUGCCACCCCAGAUCAGCAGUAUCAUCCAGGGCCAGCUGAUUCAGCAGCAGCAGGUGCUGCAGGGGCAACCGCUGAGUCGGCCUCUGGGAUUUGAGCGGACUCCUGGCCUGCUGCUGCCCGGGGUUGGGGGGGCUCCCACAUUCGGGAUGACAUCUCCACCACCCCCCACCAGCCCUUCCCGAACUGCCAUGCCCCCCGGCCUUUCCAACCUGCCGCUCCCGUCUGCGGGGAGCUCAGCAGUGAAGAAGGCUCCCAAGAAGCUGGAGGAGAUCCCACCAGCCUCCCCGGAGAUGGCGCAGAUGAGGAAGCGGUGCCUGGACUACCACUACAGAGAGAUGGAGGCGCUGAGGGAGGCCUUCAGGGAGUGCUUGAUCGAACUCUUCUUCUUGCAACAUCUCCAGGGGAACAUGAUGGAUUUCCUUGCUUUUAAGAAGAAGCAUUAUGCCCCGUUGCAGGCAUAUCUUAGACAGAACGAUUUGGACAUUGAGGAAGAGGAGGAGGAGGAGGAGGAGGAGGAGGAGGAGGAAGGAAAGUCUGAGGUCAUCAAUGAUGAGCAGCAGGCCCUGGCCGGGAGCUUGGGUGCUGGAGCAGGCGGGGCGAUGGAGGUGGACCCCUUUAAGAGGCAGCCAGCAGUGCCACCCACAGAGCAGUCCAAGAGACCUCGACUUGAAGUGGGCCAUCAAGGGGUGGUUUUCCAGCACCCAGGGGUGAAUGCAGGUGUCCCUCUGCAGCAGCUAAUGCCAACUGUCCAAGGAGGGAUGCCCCCCACCCCCCAGGCCGCACAGCUCACUGGACAGAAGCAGAACCAGCAGCAGUACGACCCCUCAACCGGGCCUCCUGUGCAGAACGCUGCCAGCUUGCACACCCCGCCGCCACAGCUGCCUGCGAGGCUGCCCCCAGCCAGCGUCCCUGCCUCUGCCCUACCCUCUACGCUACAGUUCUCCCAGCAGCCACAGGUGCUGGAGGCUCAGACACAGCCCCAGGGCCCGCCGAAGACUCAGCAGCUCAGCAUCUCUGUCCCCGCCCCCCAGCCCAGCCAGCCCCCAGUUCCUCCUGCACAGGCCUCCCAGCCAGCCCUGCACGUUCCGAUGCCUGGAAAGGCGCAGAUGCAGACUGCUCAGCUUCCGUCCCAGCCGCAGACGGUGGCUUCGACCAGGCCCCCCCUGGAUGCGUCCCAGCCCUGUCAGCGGUCUCUGCCCACUUCUUCCUCUUCGCUGGCACCGGUGAGUGGUGCAGGCCCAGGGCCCUCGCCUGCGCGGUCCUCGCCAGUGAGCAGACCCUCCUCAGCAAGCAGCAAGGCACUGUCUCCAGUCACAUCCCGCUCUCCAGGGGCUGUGGCAUCCGCACCCCCCAAACCACAGAGCCCUGCUCAGAAUGCAGCUGCAUCUCAGGACAGCGCCCAGGACAAGCUUGCAGAGCAGAUCACCCUGGAAAACCAUAUCCAUCAGCGAAUAGCAGAUUUAAGGAAAGAAGGCUUGUGGUCCCUGAGACGGCUGCCGAAACUGCAGGAGGCCCCACGCCCCAAAUCUCACUGGGACUAUCUCCUGGAAGAGAUGCAAUGGAUGGCCACAGACUUUGCCCAGGAGCGGAGGUGGAAGUUGGCUGCUGCCAAGAAGCUCGUCAGGACUGUGGCACGCCAUCACGAGGAAAAGAAGCUCCGGGAGCAAAGAGGGAAGAAGGAAGAGCAGGACAGGCUGCGGCGCAUCGCUGCUUCGGCUGCGCGGGAGAUCGAGUACUUCUGGUCCAACAUCGGACAGGUUGUGGAAAUAAAACUGCAAGUAGAAUUAGAAGAAAGGAGGAAAAAGGCCUUAAGCCUGCAGAAGAUUUCCAGGAGAGGGAAGGAAUCAAGACCUAAGGGAUGUGACACAUUGCCUGAACAUUUUCUGGACUCGGGAGUACCUGGAAGGAAAAGGAAAGCCAGCACCUCCUUGACGGAUGACGAAGUGGAAGAUGAAGAGGAGACCAUUGAAGAGGAGGAGGCGCACGAGGGGCUUGUGGACCACCACAUGGAGCUCUCCACCUUGGCCAAGGAAGCUGAGUUGCCCCUGAUGGAUCUGAUGAAAUUGUAUGAAGGCGCCUUUCUGCCAAACUUCCAGUGGCCCCAGCCUGAGCCCGAGCGCGAGGAGACGAGCGGAGAGGAGGAUGCAGAAGGCGGCUCCAGCGACAGGGAGAGCCGGAGGGACUCGGUCCUCAUAGACUCGCUCUUCAUCAUGGACCAGUUUAAAGCUGCAGAGAGAGUGACUGCCGGGAAGCCCAACACCAAGGACAUCGCAGAAGUCACUGCAGUGGCCGAGGCGGUGCUGCCCAAGGGCAGUGCCCGGGUCACCACCACGGUGAAGUUCAGCGCGCCCUCCUUGCUCUAUGGUGCUCUGCGGGAUUAUCAGAAGAUCGGGCUGGACUGGCUGGCCAAGCUGUACCGCAAGAACCUCAACGGCAUCCUGGCGGACGAGGCCGGACUGGGCAAGGCGGUGCAGGUCAUCGCUUUCUUUGCUCAUCUCGCUUGCAACGAAGGUAACUGGGGGCCCCAUCUUGUUGUCGUGAGAAGUUGCAACAUACUCAAGUGGGAACUUGAGCUGAAGCGCUGGUGUCCUGGGCUGAAAACCCUGUCCUACGUCGGCAGCCACAGGGAGCUCAAGGCCAGGAGACAGGAGUGGGCCGAGCCCAACAGCUUCCACAUCUGCAUCACCUCCUACAAGCAGUUCUUCAGGGGCUACACCGCCUUCUCGCGAGUGCGCUGGAAGUGCCUUGUCAUCGACGAGAUGCAGCGUGUGAAGGGCAUGACCGAGCGGCACUGGGAAGCUGUUUUCUCCCUGCAGAGCCAGCAGCGUCUGCUUCUGAUUGACGCCCCACUGCACAACACCUUCCUGGAGCUCUGGACCAUGGUGCACUUCCUCAUCCCUGGGAUAUCCAGGCCUUACCUGAGCUUCCCCUUGAAAGCACCCAGUGAUGAGAACCAGGACUACUACCACAAGGUGGUCAUAAGACUACACCGGGUGACACAGCCAUUUAUUUUGAGGAGGACUAAAAGAGAUGUGGAGAAGCAGCUGACAAGGAAGUACGAGCAUGUCCUCAAGUGCCGUUUGUCCAGUCGGCAGAAGGCCCUGUACGAGGAUGUCAUCCUGCAGCCUGGGACUCAGGAAGCUCUGAAGAGCGGGCACUUCGUCAACGUCCUGAGCAUCUUGAUGCGGCUGCAGCGCAUCUGCAACCACCCUGGGCUGAUUGAGCCCCGGCUCCCGGACUCCUCCUACGUGGCAGGCUCUCUACAGUGCCGGUCGGCCUCUCUGAUUCUAGAGGCACUGGAGAGAGGCGUUUGGAAGGAAGCCGAUCUGUCUAUGUUUGAUCUCAUUGGGUUAGAGAAUAAAAUCACUCGCCAUGAGGCAGAACUGCUGUCUAAGAACAAGGUGACCCGGAAGCUGAUGGAGGAAGCCUUCACCUCGCCACCCCCGUCUGCCCGGCCAGUGGCAGUGAAACUGAAGGCCAGCAGGUUGUUCCAGCCUGUGCAGUACGGCCAGAAGCCCGAGGGUCGCACCGUGGCGUUCCCCAGCACCCACCCACCCCGGACGGCAACCACCAGCGCAGCCGCUGCAGCUCCACAGGGCCAGACCCGUGGACGGCCACCCAUCGCCACCUUCUCUGCAAACCCAGAUGCGAAAGCGGCCCCGUUGCAGACCUCGCAGGCCUCCGCCAGCGCCCGCCACCAGCCCGCCACGACCUCCAGCCCGGCAGCUGGCCCAGCCCAUCCUGCUCGACCGCGGGCUCAGGCCGCGGCCCCCGCCUGCGCCCCAGGCCCGCCCCCGCCCCCGCCCCAGGCCCCCUCGCUGGCGGCCGGGCAGAGCGCGCCGCCCCAGCGGCUGGUGCUCACCUCGCAGGCCCAGGCGCGCUUGCCCAGUGGAGAAGUAGUAAAGAUAGCUCAGCUGGCAUCCAUCGCGGGGCCGCAGAGCCGCGUGGCGCAGCCCGAGACACCCGUGACGCUGCAGUUCCAGGGUAACAAGUUCACUUUGUCACACAGCCAACUGCGGCAACUCACAGCAGGCCAGCCCCUGCAGCUGCAAGGCAGCGUCCUCCAGAUCGUAUCCGCCCCCGGGCAGCCCUACCUGCGAGCCCCUGGUCCUGUGGUGAUGCAGACCGUGUCCCAGGCGGGCACUGUGCAUGGCGCCCUGGGAAGCAAGCCCCCGGCCGGCGGCCCCAGCCCUGCACCCUUGACCCCACAAGCUGGAGUUCCUGGGCGAGUGGCAGUGAACGCCAUGGCCGUGGGAGAACCUGGGCUGGCCUCCAAGCCAGCCUCCCCUGUCGGAGGGCCGACCCAGGAGGAGAAGACCAGGCUUCUGAAAGAGCGGCUGGAUCAGGUCCAUCUUGUCAACGAACGGCGCUGCUCCCAGGCUCCAGUGUACGGCAGGGACUUGCUGCGCGCCUGCUCCCUGCCUGGCCAGGGGAGGGUGCUUUGGCCCACAUCUUUUGACCGCAGCCUGGGGAAGAAGGCGGGGCCAGCAAGCUUUCCCUCGACCCCCUCCAGAAGCGCGGGCGACCUGAUUCUGAGCCUGAAUCGACGCCAGGAGUCCCUGCAGGAUGUUCUGGACAGGGUGGCCUGCGUGAUCCCUCCAGUGGUGGCCGCACCCCCUUCUCUGUGGGUGGCCAAACCACCUGCCCUGUACCGCCGCAGGCUGCGGGCCUUGAGGCAGCGCCUGAGAGAGCACACUGCCCCUCAUGUGCAGCAGCUGCGGCAGCUGACUGCCCUGCGCUCCCUGCAGUUCCCUGAGCUGAGGCUGGUGCAGGUCGACUCAGGAAAGUUAGAAGCCUUAGCUGUCUUACUUCAGAAGCUAAAGUCCGAAGGACGUCGGGUGCUGAUUCUAUCACAGAUGGUUCUCAUGUUGGACAUUUUGGAAAUGUUCUUGAACUUCCAUUAUCUCACCUACGUAAGAAUUGACGAAAAUGCCAACAGCGAACAGCGGCAGGAGCUGAUGCGGAGUUUCAACAGAGACAGGCGGGUUUUCUGUGCCUUGCUCUCCACCCACAGCCGGGCCACGGGCAUAAGCCUUGUGGAGGCGGACACCGUGGUCUUCUACGACAACGACCUCAAUCCAGUCAUGGACGCCAAGGCGCAGGAGUGGUGCGACCGGAUCGGGAGGUGCAAGGACAUCCACAUAUACAGGCUUGUGAGUGGCAACUCCAUCGAAGAGAAGCUGUUGAGAAACGGGACGAAGGACCUGAUUCGAGAAGUGGCGGCACAGGGGAACGACUACUCCAUGGCCUUCCUGACGCAGCGGACCAUCCAGGAGCUGUUUGAGGUCCACUCCCCACUGGACGACGCCGGCUUCCCAGUCAAAGCCGAGGAGUUUGUGGUGCUCUCUCAGGAGCCUUCCGUCAGCGAAACGAUCGCGCCCAAGAUCGCAAGGCCGUUCAUAGAGGCCCUCAAGAGCAUCGAGGAUCUAGAGGAGGACGCACAGAAGGCCACAGAGGAAGCAGUGCCCGGAGAAAGCGCUGGCCCGUUGUCCUCAGAGGCAGGUGGCGCCAGGUGUGAGGAGGAGCCUUCGCAGCUGGAGGAGCUGGCAGACUUCAUGGAACAGCUCACACCAAUUGAAAAGUAUGCUUUGAAUUAUUUGGAGUUGUUCCACACGACUGUUGACCAAGAACGAGAGAGAAAUAGUGAGGACGCAGUCAUGACGUCGGUGAGGGCCUGGGAGGCCCACAAUGCCAAGGCCCUGCAAGAGAGGGAGGCCCGGCUGCAGCGGGAGCAGGAGGAGGCGGAGCUGCUCACCUACACGCGGGAGGAUGCCUACAGCAUGGAAUACGUCUACGAAGACGCUGACGGACAGACGGAGGUCAUGCCUCUCUGGACCCCGCCCACCCCGCCCCAGGACGACAACGACGUGUACAUCGACUCGGUCAUGUGCCUCCUGUAUGAGGCCACGCCCAUCCCAGAGGCCAAGCUGCCCCCGGUGUACGUGAGGAAGGAGCGCAAGCGGCACAAGACCGAUCCCUCGGCUGCAGGCAGGAAGAAGAAGCAGCGGCACGGAGAGGCAGUCGUCCCCCCGCGGUCCCUGUUCGACCGGGCCACACCAGGCAUGCUGAAGAUGCGGCGUGAGGGCAAGGAGCAGAAGAAGAACCUGCUGCUCAAGCAGCAGACGCCCUUCGCCAAGCCCCUGCCCACCUACGUCAAGUCCUCGGGGGAGCCCGCGCAGGACAGCCCCGAGUGGCUCAUCGGCGAGGACUGGGCCCUGCUGCAGGCCGUGAAGCAGUUACUGGAGCUGCCCCUGAACCUCACGAUCCUGUCGCCUGCCCACACGCCCAACUGGGACCUGGUCAGCGACGUCGUCAACUCCUGCAGCCGCAUCUACCGCUCUUCUAAGCAGUGCCGCAAUCGCUACGAGAACGUCAUCAUUCCCAGAGAGGAGGGGAAGAGUAAGAACAACCGCCCCCUCCGCACGAGCCAGAUCUACGCCCAGGACGAGAACGCCACGCACACACAGCUGUUCACCAGCCACUUCGACCUGAUGAAGACCACAGCUGGCAAGAGGAGCCCGCCAAUCAAGCCUCUGCUUGGCAUGAAUCCCUUUCAGAAAAACCCCAAGCACGCCUCUGUGCUGGCAGAAAGUGGGAUCAACUACGACAAGCCCCUGCCUCCCAUUCAGGUCGCGUCUCUCCGCGCAGAGCGGAUUGCAAAGGAGAAGAAGGCCUUGGCUGAUCAGCAGAAGACUCAGCAGCCGGCCGUGUCACAGCCGCCACCCCAGCCGCAGCCCCCGCCACCGCCGCAGCAGCCGCCACCGCCGCCUCCACCCCAGCCACAGCCAGCAGGCAGCCAGCCGCCCGCAGGGCCUCCCACUGUCCAGCCCCAGCCCCAGCCCCAGGCCCAGCCGCAGCCUGUGCAGGCCCCACCGAAGGGGCAGCCCGCCAUCACCACCGUGGGCAGCGCGGCCGUGCUGGCAGGAACCAUGAAGACGUCAGUGACUGGGACCAGCAUACCAGCCGGCACCGUGAGUGGCAACGUGAUUGUGAACACCAUCGCGGGCGUCCCUGCCGCCACCUUCCAGUCCAUCAACAAGCGCCUGGCCUCGCCUGUGGCCCCAGGGUCCUUGACUACAUCCGGAGGCUCCGCCCCCGCCCAGGUGGUCCACACACAGCAGCGCGCCGUGGCUCACCCGCCACUGCCGCCACCGACCUGGUGUCCAUGGCAACGACCCAGGGCGUCCGAGCAGUCACCUCUGUCACAGCCUCAGCCGUGUUCACUACCAACCUGACCCCCGGUGCAGACCCCCGACACGCUCUUUGGUGACCCAGGUGUCCCAAGCCACAGGCGUCCAGCUUCCUGGGAAAACCAUCACCCCUGCACACUUCCAGCUCCUCCGGCAGCAGCAGCAGCAGCAGCCGCAGCCGCAGCCGCCGCCGCCGCCACCGUCCUCCCAGGUGCAGGCCCACAGGUGCAGGCCCAGGCCCAGAUCAAGGCUGUGGGCAAGUUGGCACCGGAACACCUCAUCAAGAUGCAGAAGCAGAAGGUGCAGCUGCCCCCACAGCCCCCGGCGCCACAGGCCCAGCCAGGGCCCCCCCAGCCGCCAGCACAGGUGCAAGUGCCACCCCCGCAGCCCCCGCAGCAGCAGAGCCCCC